CAGUCUUCUUCUCUUGCACUUGUCUGUAAAAGUAUCUCACUGUUCUUUGACUCCUUUGUUUAUCUCUAUCAUGUUUGCUUAUUCAAUCUUCUUGCUCCAAUGCUCAUUCUGCCUACAGGCUGGGAGGUUUCUCUGCAUAAUGACUGCGUGUGGUGGUUGGCCAUAGCUAAGUUUUUGCCAAAUUCUGCUUGAUUUUUGAGUCACUUUUUCAGUACUAGCUGGAUUGGAGAAAGAAGGUCCACUAAACACGACUUUCAUCCAAGUUUUGGGUCCAGAGGCAUUGGAGUACGGAGAGUACAGGGGAUUCAUUAGUAGACUUAGAUUUGGGCAGGUUGGGCGAAUUGGAAGCUCAUAGGAUUAAGCAUCUGAAGGGCUUGGUGAUGGAGUCGUCAUUUUCUGGAUCAUCGAAGAGGGCCAAGGCACCGGUUAAUGUUACCCAAGUUGUUCAUUGUCUGGUUGAUGGGUGCAACUCAGACCUCAAUCAGUGUCGCGAGUAUCACAGACGGCAUAAGGUAUGCGAGAUCCACUCGAAGACUCCUAAGGUCACAAUUGGGGGUAGAGAGCAACGGUUUUGUCAACAGUGCAGCAGGUUUCAUUCUUUGGUAGAGUUUGAUGAGGGAAAACGAAGCUGCAGGAAACGUUUGGAUGGCCAUAACCGGAGGCGAAGGAAGCCUCAGCCAGAAACUCUAUCCAGAAGUUCUGGAAUGCCUCUUUCUAGUCAACAAGGUACAAGACUCUUGUCAUUCAACAAUCCACAAAUAUUUUCAACUGCUGUUGUGAGCUCCACCUGGGCUGGGCUUGUCAAAGCUGAGGAUGAGACAUUGCUAUACAACAGCCACCCAACCUUAAACUACAUUGACAGACACGACCAAUUCCCUGAAUCUUCCACUCUCAGCAGUUACAAUGGAGUAAACCAGAUUCAGUUCUUGCAAGACACCGACCAUGCUCUCCCUGAGGCCUCCGUCUGUCAACCACUUCUUGAUCCCAAUUCUGCAUCUGGACAUAGUAGCAGCAGCCAAAUAAUGUUUUCUGAUGGGUUAAAUCGAGUGGUUGACUCUGAUCGUGCUCUCUCUCUUCUGUCACCUGCGCCACCUGUCCAUAGGGAGAUCGGUUUGAGCUAUAUGGUGCAGCCUGACCCCAACACCCAGGCACAAUCUUUAAUCUAUAACCUGCAGUGUAGCAAUAUGAGCCAAUAUGCAUUCACACCAGAAAUGCAAAGCAAGCCUGUAGUUUCUACUACCGACUCAGACAAUAGCCACAAUGCUGCCACCCUCCAUUUCCAGGAAAUUUUUCAGAAUGGACCUGAUGGGUCAUCUGCAAGUGGGUCUCACCAAACGCUUACAUUUAGGUGGGACUAGUUUAUGCCAAUUCCAGUUUGCCUCCUUGAUCAAAUCAACUUUUGUUCAUGAUGGACCUGUAUUUUUCAAAUAAAUUCAGGAUGAAACAGUUAAUGACUUCCCAACGUCCAA